AUCGUGUAUAAUAACAAUUAAGGCGUUAGCAAUCAUUUCUUACUGGCAACAGCGAACACAAGUGUCAAAAAAGUGAUAGUCGUGUGCGGACGGCUGUUUAUUAAUUUUUAAUAAAAUUAUGAAAAUAAACGAAACAUUCGCAAUCAGUCAUCAAUUACAUUAAAAUUCUCUAUAUUAAGUGUUGAAAUGGUGUGAAAAGUGUUUUUUCUGUGAAGUGGAACGAGAUAAACCUGCAAAAUGGCAAAGGAAAUGAUGAUAGUGUUUGUCUAUGACACUCUGUGCUGUACUUCAGAGGAGGACGACCCUAUUGAUGCAGUACUGUACUUCCAUCCUGGAUGGGUGUCUGAUACCCAGAGGCAUGCACUAGCAGGACAAGUCGUGGGCGCCGCACACUGCGUAAAGACACUGUUCUCGCAGCCAGUCGCCAUCACUUUGCAGAGUGGCAAGUUCAUCAUCAGGGAAUAUGGCAGAUACAUAUUGGCAAUUGGUAGUGAUAGGAACAUCCCAGAUUGGGUGCUUAAGAACCGUGCCAAUCUGCUUACCUCCAUGAUCAAAGUGUACCAUGGAGACCUUCAAGUCCUAGCUGAACAAAUGGAAGACCAGCGCCGUCUCUCGGAGAAGCUAUACCAAGUCUUUGAGACGUAUCUACCGGUGCUGCAGUAUGGGUGCCAUAUUUUUCAAAGGGUGCCUAUGUUGACUUUACCAAAGAGCGCAACAUCAGUUUACAUGGAGUCCAUGCAAAUAUUGGAACACUGUAGGAAAAGCAGUGGCGUCUUAGGUGGAGUCGUGUUGUAUAAUAAUAAAAUAAUCGCCACACAACUGCCUCCCGGUCUCACUUCCUACCUAACAGUGGUGGACCCAUACAGAAUAAAGUCUCCCGCGGAAACCCUAGACACAGAGACUCCCCUUCCACUUGGUGCUCAACUGCUGGUAGUGUAUGUGGGGAAGAAACUUUAUGAUAACCUCAAAAAACAGGUCGAUAAAAUACAGGAGUUCCAUCAGAACGGAGAGGAAAUGAUUGCUCGGUUUAAGAAGAGUCAAGAAGUCGAACGCGAAAAACAACGUGACUUCCCCCAAUCCGGUAUGAAGAGAGACAAGUCCCUACUUUUCACAGCUGUCCCUGAAGAAGAUCACACCAUGAUAUCUCCACCCAGCAGGGAAGAACGCAACCCUGAUGAGGAGAGGAAGCCGCCCUCCAUGCCAGAUGUCGUACCAUUCACUAACAAACCUAGACAAAGACCCACGAAACUAUCGCUUAGCUUCAAAACACAAAAAUCAUUGGAUGAAGAUAUUCAAGAAAAUGAAAAAGUAUUUACAGGGCAAACUAGUGUGUGCUCCACUCCCAUGGUGGAGUACAAACGCCUUCACGGCAACAUGCUCUCCAUCUGCCAAGUACCUGAAAGCCAGCAAGAUAACAUCAACACGGAAUUAGAACCUGAUGUUUUAAAAAAUAUAGAAAAUUGUAAUAAAAUUAAUUUGGAAAACGAAAAACGGGACAACAAAAUGGUUUUAGACAUCAAUUGCAUCGCGGACCACUACAUCAACAAACCAGAGCCAAUCAGAAAGCUGGCCAGUGUCACAGAUCUACAAGAGACUAUAAAGAAAUUGUCAAAUCGUGCGACUUCUAAGUUCAAGUUGAAACGAUCAAAAGUGUCCCUGAACGAUGAUACUCCGUCCCCUGAACAUACGCCUAAGAACCCUGGCACUAUGACCAUAAACGAUCCAUUGUUCCCGGUCUUUAGGAACGAUGGUGUUGCCAUAUCAGAAUCCCUUUUCAACCAAUAUUUAGAACAGCAUUAUUCAAAAAUGAAGCAAGAUUCCACAGACAAUAUGUUCACCUUCAACAUGAAAUUAUGUGAGCAGGAAAAGUUUGAGGACUUUGAUUCAGAAUUAAAUAGAUCGCCACAAAGAACUCCUAAAAAGAUAGCAAAAGAUUCCACGAAGACAUUACCAACAGACCAGUCGAGGAGGAAAUCUUUAUCUUUACCUUUGAAAUCUUUGAAUGAAAGUACAGAUUCUCAGAUUGGGUCAGAAUCUGAGGCGACUAGUUUCAAAAAGAAGUUGACUGGUGUGCAGCUGACGCCUUUGAUGGAGAAACUGAGCCAUCUGGCGUUUUCUGACAAGUCGAGCGGGUACAGUAGUAGGGUAAUGACACCGCUUGAGCUGAGGGAAUUCCUGACCCCGGCAGCCGACAGACAGAUCACAUUUACCGAUAGGCCAAAAACUCAACGACAGGAUUCCGAAAGUGACGAUGACUCCGACAGUGACUUGGAGUUGCUACCCGAAUACAGUAAGCACGCAGUCAAGUGUGCGCUGUUUGUGAGUGGACUGCACAAUAUGGCGCUACUUGCAUUACUUGACACCGACGCUGCGAAUAACGUGGAAACUAUUAAUACUCUGUGGGAAACUUCUCUAAAUGCAUUAGGCCCAAUAGAACAGAAAUGUAUUGAGCCUCUGGCAGCCGUUGGUGACGCGACAGACUACAGCUACUUAACAUUGGACCCCGACUGGGGCACCGUACGUAAGGGCGGGCCCUGGGCCGCGCUAGAUAUAGCCACCAUGGGGCUUAUACAUAACGAAUUCGCGGAAGAUCCAGAAAUGUCAGAAUUUAUAUUGAGGAGUGAUGAGAGUGUUGUAGUGGGGUCUGUCUGCGGUGGAGCGCAGGUAUACUACCAGGAAAAAGGUCCUCGCGGUGCGGGCCCGCCGCCACCCUCGGAUGUACUGGCGGCCGCGCCACUGCGCGCAAGACGUCGUCUCCACCGCGAUCACGCCACGCUACUUCUGUAAUCCUACAGACGCUACUAGCGUGCAGACUUGUACACAGGUAUAAGAAACCACUGUAUGAUUAUCCUUGUGACGUUUCUCAUAUACGUCACAGACAACAGUAAACGAAAAUGUUACCAAGUGGAUCGAUUUUAAUAAGCCGUUGGAAAUGUUAUUGUGUUGAAGAUUUUUACUGUUUAGAUAACUAUCCUAUGGGCAUGGUAAUUACUCAACAGUAAUGCAUCGAUGGAUUUGCAUAGAAUUCAGACAAACAUAACAAUGAAAGAAAUUUUUGGUGUGUACUGCGUACGUUCGUGACGUA